AUGGUAAUACUCACUGAUGAUACCGACUACGAUGCCAGUGAAGCGUUGAGAAUAUACCAAGUCCACUGUCUGAUGCUGGAAAUCAUGACAACUACUAUGGCAGACGACUUCGGACUAGAGCUUAAUGCCUCAGACCUGGCGGCCACAAAUUCGGUUGAGAAUUACAAUACCGUUUUACUUGAGCUUCUCCGUAAUAGCGCCCUUAUGCGUACUGCCAGUCCAGCUGAAGUAGCUGCUCGCCGACAGCGCUGGCUGAGUCUGCCCUCACGCCUUGCUGGCGUAACUUCUUGGCCAAAUUUCAGUCGUGUUUUUAUGCUUUCAUCGGCAACAGGUCGUGGGGUUUCUGAUUUGCGAGAUUAUUUACUCUCACGUGCAAAGCCAGUGGUCACUUUCCCCUAUCCACCCUGUUUAGUUACAGAGCAUGACUCCCCCACCCUUGUUAGCAUGUGUCUUCGUGCUGUCUGUCUUGAGAGUUUAACGCAUCCGGGCAUGGAAGAUGUUGCUUAUCGACUUCGCUUUGCUGUUGAUGAGUGUGAAACUGGACCGCGUUCACUUUUUCUCCAAGGGACACCGAAGUAUUCCUCCAGUGAAACCUCUUCAGACAAUGAAAUCGGUGAUGAAUUAGAAAAUACUGCUUCUCUUAUCGCUUGCGUAAAGCAAGGUAAUAUUAAUGGGGAAGCUAAAGAUUUGGAAACAUUUAAAAGUCAAUCAAGUGAGGAUGUUGUAUUCGUUCGUGCCAAAAUAUUAUGCCAAACAGAACGACAUCUGGUACGUAGCUUUGACAUAUUUUUUCGAUAUUUGACUUAA